AGCUGACGAGCGAGCUGUCAUUUGUCACCUUUGAUCAAUCACUGUUAGCCACGUUGCAUGUUGAAACAAAACACUGUUUGCACCGGAUGAUAACGAUUAUAUCUAACACGUGUAAUAUACAUUGAACCGGAAGAGAGAUAUACCCCAGGAACAGAGAUCUCCUGUGUAUUUAUAGACAAAGAAAGAGAAGAUUCAGCUGAGAAAAUUCGAUAUCCAAAGACAGUCAUGAAGUUGCUGUGUUAUACCGUCCUGUUAUUGGCCUUCUGUCAUUGGAGCUGUGGAGAUCAGGAGCAUUCCCAUCACGGCAGUCACCAUGCUCAGUCUGAUUCUCACCAUUUUGAUGAGAACGGAGAGCACAAUGCCCAUUUCGACCACGAAGCAAUCUUGGGAUCAAAGGAACUGGAAGAAGAAUUUGAUACACUAGCCCCCGAGGAGGCUCAGAGGAGGCUUCGACUGCUGUACAAACAAAUGGAUGAGGAUAAAGAUUCAUUUGUCACUGAAGAAGAACUCAUGAAGUGGGUCAUGGGUUCCUUUAAGAAGCUUGAUGCAGAAGACUCUUUGGAAGAAUUUGAUAAGCAAGAUAAAGACACAGAUGGGAAGUUGACAUGGCAUGAGUACAUUGGAGAAGUGUAUGGUUACAACCCAGAGGAUAUGGAAGACUUCCACAAACUCACUGAUGAGGACCUGGACGACUUUAAUAAGGUGGUAUCGGAGGACCAAGAAAAAUUCAAAAUUGCUGACUUAAACAAAGACGAGGUAUUAGAUGCGGAAGAAUACAGAGCUUUCACGCAUCCAUAUGACUAUGAACACAUGCACGAGAUUGAACUCACCAGAGCACAGAAGGACUACGACAAGGAUGGCGAUGGCUACAUAUCAAAACUAGAAUUUGUGAAAAAAGACGGUGAUGCAGACCGUGAGAUAGAGAUCUAUGAGGAGGAGCAGUUUAGUUCUUAUGAUAGGGAUGGUGAUGGAAAACUAAACCGUGAAGAGAUUAUGGAGUGGGUGUUACCUAGCAACAGAGAAGCUGCUUUAGAAGAAGCACAACAUCUGAUACAGCAUGCAGACACAGAUAAGGACGGAAAACUUACGGAGGAGGAAAUGGUGGACAAACACGAUGAAUUUGUUGGUAGUCAGGCAACAAAUUAUGGAGGGUAUCUACCUAAGGAUGAAUUAUAAAAAUACUUAAAUAGGUUCAGUUUAAGUUAUAUUUUAAUGUUUUUAUUUUUUUAUCAUCUUUAAGUUUCAGAUACAUUAUGUUAUUAAAACAUUAUACAAAAUUAGCUUUAUGACAAACUACCCAAUCCACUGCAAUAUUUUCUUAUUCAAGAUUUCACUAUGUUAAUAAUAUUAUUGAUUCUUCUAUCCAGCAAUAAGCUUACCCAUAGCUUAUCUUCAAUAUAAAUGCCAACAAAAGGUCAAAGGUCAAAUGCUAGUAUUUCAUUGGCAUGUAUGAACUUCUAUU